AUGGGUGUCUCCGACCGAGGUUAUGACGACGAAAGUCCCGACAGAACCAUACUGCGGAAUCAAUCACCGAAUCCGCAAAACACCAAACAGGAGGCGUCGGAGGUCCGAGUCGGCGAUGACUCGUCUCUAUAUGACACCGAAGCUGCGUCUGGCUCAGAGAGCUCUCGCCAUGGCGACGUAUUCGACGAUGUGAAGGAACUAGCACAACAUCCCGAUUGUGUCACCGAGGGUGCGGAGUUGGGCCAACAGAAGGCGGAAGCAGCUGCGCUCGUCUGGAGCUGGCCAGCGUUGGUUGGAAUCUAUGCAUGGAUCUGGAUUUGCACGUUUAUGUUGGCUUUUCACUCGAAUAUCAGCGGGUUUCUCAUCAAUUACAUCCAAGGAGGCUUCCGCUCCGCACCACAGGUCUCAACCGCUUAUAUCCUGGCGAAUAUUGUUGGCGGUGUUCUUAAGCUACCGCUGGGUAAGACCUUGAAUCUAUGGGGUCGUGCUGAGGCCCUGGUGGUCUCGACCAGCAUCUACCUGCUCGGCAUGGUUGUUCUGGCCGCAUGCAACGGGCCCAAUGGAUACGCGGCAGGCUAUGUGCUUUACUGGAUUGGAUAUAACUGUGUGUAUCUGAUUUUGAACAUCUUCGUCGCCGAUACCUCGGGUCUGAGGAACCGAGCGUUCGCUUUCGGGUUUAUGCAAACUCCUUUCAUCUGUACCGCCUUCACCGGCGGGCUGGCGGCCAACUCGGUCUACACGAUGUUUGGAUGGCGCUGGGGUUAUGGCAUCUUCUGCAUUGUGGUGCCGUUUGUGUUCUUGCCCCUUGCCAUGGUGUUCAAGUACUAUGAGAAGAAGGCCGAAAAGAACGGCAUUUUCCGCCGUAAACCUAGUGGUCGGACUGUGCAACAGUCUAUUCUCCAUUAUAUUCAUGAGUUCGAUGUUAUCGGCGCUUUCUUACUCAUGAUCGGUUGGGUCAUGUUCCUCCUACCAUUCAGCCUGGCGCAGUACGGGCGCUCGGAAUAUUCAAGCGCAAGCUUCAUUGUGCUCAUUAUUCUGGGAGUGGUGAUGUUGGUUGUUUUCGCGGCAUGGGAGAAAUGGGGUGCACGAUUCCACUUUAUCCGCUACGAGUUGAUCAAGCGCCCGACCAUUCUAGGCGCAUGCACACUCGCCGCCGUGCUAUUCUUCAGUUUCGAACUCUGGGACCAGUACUUCUACAACUACGUCCUGAUCUCCUAUGAUAUCACCGCUGUCGAGGCAAACUACAUGCUCCAGAUCUACAACGUCGGCUCUUGCUUCUUCUCGCCCAUUAUCGGUGCUGUCAUCUGGGCCACCGCGCAUUUCAAAUACAUUUGCCUAUUCUUCGGAGCACCGCUCAUGCUCCUUGGCUCUGGCUUAAUGAUCUACUUCCGCGGUGCCGACCACGGCAUCGGUUACGUUGUCAUGUGUCAGAUCUUCAUUGCUUUCGCCGGUGGCACACUGGUGAUUGGCGAAGACAUGGCGGUUAUGGCGGCAGGUGGUCGCGAGGGAACACCGAUGAUGUUGGCUCUCAUCGGCCUGUUUUCGAACAUCGGCGGUGCAAUUGGGCUUGCCGUUGGCGCGGCUAUCUACAACAAUGUCUUCGUCAACACCCUCACGGCCCAACUGCCGGACAACCUGAAAGCGAACGCCACUCAGAUCUACUUAGAUGGUAUCAACGUUCAGUCGACCUACCCGUGGGGAUCUCCUCUUCGACAAGCCGUCGCGUAUACAUGGGGCUAUGCCCAGCGCUUGAACUGCAUUGCUUCCACUGCCAUUCUGGUGUUGACUAUUCCUAGCAUUCUGGUUUGGAAGAACUAUGAUGUCAACCAGAAGCAGAACAAGGGCAGAAUGAUUUUCUGA